GAGAGAAGUAAAUUGACGUCAUAUGUACUGUAGGCGACUUGAGGUAUCGUGAGGGCUGGUCACGUCAUAUGAGAAUUGGAUGGGGGCGACGGGAGCUGUGUGUGAUGAGUAGGGGACCGUAUGACGCCGGUUUUGGACCCAUGAACACUCGCAAACGCCUCGGUUCUCGUAACACUGACCAAGGAGUAUACGUAGGACCAUCUCAGACUCAGGUCCUGCCCUCCACCGCCGCAACCACUGCUGAGUCACCUUUACCCCCUCCUCCUGCUCCCAUUGCUGACAUUAUGUCCUGUCGAGACCGCACCGCCGAGUUUAUGUCCGCCUGCAAGUCCUUGAGGGGGCGACAGAAUGGUGUGCAACACUCCUCAACGCUCAGCGCUGUCAAACAGAGAAGUGAAUUUACACUUAUGGCCAAGCGUAUUGGAAAAGAUCUCAGUAACACCUUUAGCAAACUGGAAAAGUUGACCAUAUUGGCAAAGCGGAAAUCGCUGUUUGAUGACAAAGCUGUAGAAAUCGAGGAGCUGACAUACAUCAUUAAACAAGACAUUGGCAGCCUGAAUCAGCAGAUUGCCCAGCUCCAGUCGUUUGUACGAGCCCGGGGCAGUCAGAGUGGCCGACAUCUUCAAACUCACUCUAACACAGUGGUGGUCUCGUUGCAGUCAAAGCUGGCGUCCAUGUCCAACGAUUUCAAGUCUGUACUGGAAGUGAGAACAGAGAACCUAAAGCAACAGAGGAGUCGCAGGGAACAUUUUUCUCAGGGUCAGGUCUCCGCUCUGCCGCUUCACCGCAACAGCUUAGGUUCCUCUGUCCUCCUUCAAGAUGACUCCAGAAGGCACGGGGAGGUAACGAUAGAUAUGGAUUCACGAACCAGUCAGCAGCUGCAGCUCAUAGAUGAGCAGGACUCCUAUAUUCAGAGCCGUGCAGACACAAUGCAAAAUAUAGAGUCAACUAUUGUCGAACUGGGCAGCAUCUUUCAACAACUCGCUCACAUGGUUAAGGAGCAGGAGGAGACUAUACAAAGAAUUGACGGGAAUAUAGAAGACACGCAGUUGAACGUGGAGGCUGCACAUUCAGAAAUUCUGAAAUAUUUCCAAUCCGUCACGUCAAACCGUUGGCUUAUGAUCAAGAUAUUCUUAAUACUCAUCAUUUUCUUUAUCAUUUUUGUGGUCUUCUUUGCCUGAGACCCUCCCUACCUCACAGAAGAAGAAAACAAAUUAACAAAAUCAUAGAAACCAAUACUUUUUAUCAUAAAGGGCUGUGCUGCAAGAGAGGCACUUGGCACCGUGUGUGUAUAGAGAGAGGUGUGCGCAUGUGUAUUGAUUCUGAUAAAUAUAUUUUAGACUAUGUACAUAUGUAUUAUUGUACAUAUUUAAAAGCAUAUUCAUUAGACGGAUGUGUGUUUUAUAUGUGCCCUCCUUGAGCACAUGUAUGUGAGACGAUAUUAGAUAAGGCAGAUACACACAUGGUGCAUAAAAUUGACUAAUAUGAAGUGUCUCAGAAGCCCUCCCCAAAAUCAAUGGUUGAUAUGUGCAAAAGACGCUAAAUAUUUCACUGGGGUUCUGGCACGGAGGUGGUUAACAGGAGCCUUUUCUAACUCUGUACGCAGACCCUGCAUUUUUAUUACCUUGUAAACUGUUAAAUAUUUUUUUCUUUUUUUUUUAAAUUAUUGUUCCUUAGCAUUAAAAAUAAUCCCUACUCUGGAGAGUGGAAACAUCACCGUUCAACCUUUUUUUUUCGAUAAUCUACAGGGUCCUGGCAACAGAAAUAUUAAUAGACUGUGCCUGGCUGUAGCGAGAGACGGUUUUGCGACCCCCUGCAGGAGAGGGUUUUAAUAAGACUGGGGCCUAGGAUGCUUUUUUAACCACAUUCCAUAGAUGUAAGAUAACGACUAUGCCUCAGUCUUGGAUGUGUGCUGUGAAAUGUAGCCCAACUCCUUGUACAGACUGUAUAUAAUGCAGAAUGAAAAUUAUAUAUACUCCACAAUUUCA